AUGGCUGGUCUCGAGCGAGAUACUGCGUUAGUCGCUGGUCUAGCGGAAGCUAACCAAGACGAGGGCAAGAUCAACGAGAAGCGGACUUCCUCGGAGCAGUCCAUCGACCAAGACGUCAACCACCAACUUGAUGGGAUUCAUGAUGGCCUCGAUUUUCCUACUGAAGAAGAAAGAUUAACGCUGAGAAGGGUGGCUGAUACGAUCCCGUGGAAUGCCUACAUGAUUGCGCUGGUUGAAUUAGCCGAACGGUUUUCGUUCUACGGAAGUACCGUGGUCUUUACGAACUACAUCCAACAACCUUUACCUGAUGGUUCUCAUACUGGCGCUGGAGGGCCCAUUGGGCAAUCUGGUGCUCUUGGCCUUGGCCAGCGAACUUCGACUGGGCUUUCAACAUUUUUCCAGUUCUGGUGCUAUAUCACUCCGUUGAUAGGUGCCUUCAUUGCCGACACUAGGCUAGGCCGAUACGAGACCGUGUGUUGGUCCGUUGGACUGUCAAUCAUUGGACACAUCAUCCUCAUUGUCUCUGGCGUCCCUGGUGUCAUCGAUAAACCAGGCGCUAUAGGCGCCUUCGUCGUUGCUUUGAUCGUUAUGGGCCUAGGCGCCGGAGGAUUCAAAGCAAACAUAUCACCACUCGUAGCUGAACAGUACAGGCGCACCAAAUUAUUCGUUGUUACCAGAGCGAGCGGCGAAAGAGUCAUCGUUGAUCCCGCAUUGACGGUUUCAAGGAUAUAUAUGUACUUCUAUCUAUUUAUCAAUAUUGGGGCGCUCAUCGGGCAAAUCACAAUGACGUAUGCUGAGAAGUACAUUGGAUUCUGGCUGGCCUAUACUCUACCUACGGUAGUGUUCAUGAUUUCGCCCAUUGCCCUUUUCGUCGGCCGCAAGCGGUACAUCCGAUCGCCUCCAACUGGAUCGGUCUUAGCUACGGCUCUUCGCCUUUGGCGAUACGCGGCUCGGGGCCGCUGGAGCUUCAAUCCCGUGAAAACCUUCCGCCAAUUGACAGCCGACGACUUCUGGGAGAACGCCAAACCCAGCAACGUUGUUGCCCGAGGCAAUGAAAAGCCUCGCUGGAUGACAUUCGACGAUAUAUGGGUGGAUGAAGUCCGCCGUGGAUUGAAGGCGUGCAGUGUAUUCUGUUGGUUCCCGCUUUAUUGGCUCACAUACAACCAAUUGAACAACAAUCUGACAUCGCAGGCCGCCACGAUGUCGACGCACGGUUUGCCCAACGAUAUCCUGUCAAACCUCGAUCCCUUGGCUUUGAUUAUUUUCAUUCCUAUCUUUGACCGCUUCAUUUAUCCAGGUCUCAGGCGAUUAGGGAUCAAUUUCAGCGCCCUAAAGAAGAUAACCGCUGGAUUCUUCACGGGCGCCGCAGCGAUGAUCUGGGCAGCAGUUGUCCAGCAUUACAUAUACAAGACAAGCCCGUGUGGGAAUUUCGCUGCUGACUGCAAGGCGCCGAAUGUAUCUCCUCUGAACGUUUGGAUUCAAUCUGGAUCGUAUAUCUUGAUAGCAUUCAGCGAAAUCUUUGCAUCUAUCACUGGGUUGGAGUAUGCGUUUACAAAGGCGCCCAAGAAUAUGCGUUCCCUCGUCAUGGCUGUCUUCCUUUUCGCUUCAGCCAUCGCAUCGGCUUUAGGUGAAGCCUUUGUUGCGUUAUCCGCCGAUCCUUUGUUGGUUUGGAAUUACGGAACAAUGGCCGUUAUCGCCACUAUCUCUGGUGUGAUCCUCUGGUGGUUAGUUAGAGACUUGGAUCGACAUGAAGACGAACUGAACAACAUGGCGGAGGGGCACCUUGAUGAAAAGCGUUGA